AUGUCAGCCCUUCUGUUAGGUGUGUGCAAAGCAGAUGGCAAUGCAGACGACAAAAUUCUCUUGCUAUGGAAGGUAGCUUACAAUGAUGGGGAAUACUGGGCCAGGGCAUACUAUCCCAUAUCCAGCCUUGGUAAGUACUACAAGGAAGAUAAUGAUGGCGAGGACUACGACAGCCCUGAAACACGCUUUGCAGCCCGGCAACCAAGCCCCAAUCCGCAUGCUGGUGAGUAG